UUACUUGUCUACACUAAACGGCCUUUUUUAAUCGGUUAAUUUGAACACAAAAUUUUUCAUGUAAAUUAUAAUAUUAAUUUUAAUAAUGGCAAAUAAUGGUGAUAAUAUCUUAAAACCUAGAGUUUUAAUCUUAGGAGGCUGUGGUUUUAUUGGUAGAAAUUUAGUAUCGUAUUUAGUAUCAAAUAAAUUAGUUAGUUUUGUACGAAUUGUGGAUAAAGUUCCACCACAAGUCGCUUGGUUAAAUUCUGAACACGAAGCUAUUUUCAAUUGUUCAAGUGUAGAAUUCCGUAGUGCAAAUCUUAUUAAUUCUGUGAGCUGUGAAUAUGCAUUUAAUUGCGAAAAUGGAGAAUGUUGGGAUUUUGUUGUGAAUUGUGCCGGCGAAACCAAAUCUAAUCAAACAGAUCCUGUAUAUCGUGAAGGUAUUUUAAAAUUAAGCGUAAAUGUGGCUGCACAAGCUGCGAAAUACAAGGUCAAGCAUUAUGUUGAAUUAUCAGUGGGGAAUAUGUGCUCAUCAAGCUCUACACCCCAUAAAGAAGAUGGACAUAUUGAGCCUUGGACAAUUAUUGCAAAAUAUAAACAUCAAGUAGAAUUAGAGUUAAAGAACAUACCCGGUUUAAACUACACUGUUCUACGACCAGCUGUUGUUUAUGGUAUCGGAGAUAGAUCUGGACUAGCUCCCCGGAUAUUAAUCGGAGCUAUUUACAAACAUUUGGGUGAAACAAUGAAAUUAUUAUGGUCUGAAAGUUUAAAAUUAAAUACUGUACAUGUGAUAGAUGUAUGCCGUGCAAUUUGGCAUGUUUGUAAUCGUGAUGAUACUUUGAAUAAGAUUUAUAAUGUUGUUGACGCUGGUAAUAGUACUCAAGGUUCUAUUACCGCAAUUGUUGCUGAUAUUUUUAAUAUAGAAUAUAAUUAUUUAGGAUCAAUUAUGUCCACAAUUGCAAAAACUGACAUGGCUACUGUUGUGGAUGAAGUUAAUGAUAAGCAUUUAAUACCUUGGGCAGAAGCUUGUAAACAAGAUGGUGUUGAUAAUACACCAUUGACUCCUUAUAUGAGUGAAGAGUUAUUAUUUGAUCGACAUUUAAAUCUUGAUGGCUCAGCCUUAGCAGCUACUGGUUUUAAAUUAAGUAUUCCUGAAUUACGAAAAGAAUAUAUUCAAGAGAUUAUUGACGACUAUAUUAAAAUGAAGGUAUUUCCACAAUCUUUGGUUGCUUGAUGGAAAAAUUAAACAAAAUUCACUUCAAAAUAAAAUGCUUCCAUGGCCUUACUAAAAUUUUUGAAAAUUAUUGUACUUAAGAAAUAGUACUUAUGGUCAAUUAGUUAACUAUUUUGUAAAUAAACUAGUUUGUUUAUGCUUUUUUUAGAAAGUUGGUUUUGAAUCUACUUUUAUAUGACUGAUAUCUUCUAUUGUACAUGCCUUUACCGGUAUGCUUGGAAAUUACAUUCCUAAAUAUUUUACCUAGUCUUUAAUUUUAAAAAAUUUAUCAUAUUUUCACCAUCAAGUUCUUGUUACUGUAGCUUUACAAAGCGAAGCCAGUGAAAUCGAAAAAGUAUUAUUCGAGAUGUGAUGAUCACUUAUAUUUUGUUGCCAUAGACAAUAAUAUAAAAUACUUCAAUUACCAAAAAAGUGAUUUAAAAAGGAAUUGAAAAUAAUUUUGUAGGAGUUUAUAUUAUAAUAUGCAUUUAAAAUUUCUAAAAUUUUAUCCCUACAAGCAGAUGACGCGUCGUGCACAUGAUCAAAAUAUGGUUAACUCGAUUCAUAUUUUUUUAAAUCAAUGAUGCGUUUAGAAACGCUUUUGAACGCUCCGUAAAUUAUGGAUCAGAACACGUUAAAAUUAGCUUUAGUAGUUUGAAAUGACUAAAUAUAUUAUCGACCAAACGCUGCCAAUAUUAAAAUAAAUAUGUCAAAAAUUGACCAUGAUUCUCUAAAUGAACACGCGUCAUCCUAAAAUAUAUUUUCUCAUUUAUUAUUCAUAAGAGACUAUAAAAUACGUCACGCAAACAGGGGGGUGGAGUAUUGCUUAACCUGGCAUGGGAAGGGGAUACUUCAAGGACGUUAGCAGUUUGUUGCCAAUUUCAUUUUAAUUUUGGUCUUAAAUUGUACGUUUUUUGAAUUUUUUUAAAUUUUAAUAGAGGUUCUUGAAAUUGUAACGUUAUAUUUGCAAAAGGGUUGCAGAAAAUGAGACGCAGCGUGAUAAGGGUAGAGGCAAGGAUUACAGAAGUGAUAUUUUGUGUGACGUAUUUUAUGAAUAACCCCUAAAAUAUAUACUUGGUUAAUCGUAAUAUUUGUUCUCAUUAACUUAAAUAUAGUUGUAAAGGUCAUAAAAAGAUGCUAGGUGCUCAUGAACGUACUUUUAUAGGUCUUAAAAUAAAAUGAUAGUAUAUAAAAAUAUUAAAUUUACAAAAAUUACAGUAGUUUUCCCUUCAAUUUAUAGGUUGUGGCACGCUAUCAAUUUUCAACCAUAAUAGUUGGUGACCAACCCAAUUUUUCAUAAUAUUUUCAAUUUAUCUAUGCUUGGAAUAAAUAAUACAGUCAAAUAUGUGAGAUUGAAAAAAUAAGUAUUCUUAUUUAAAAAAAUAUUUUAAUCAAUUUCUAGAUUUCAAAAAGCGCAGAUCUAUUUCGCAUACUAGAUCGAGUCUCUUAGAUCUAGUAUGCGAAACUAUGCACCACAUUAAUAUCUUCUCUGUCUCCAAUUAUCAGUUGUUUGAUGAUGCUAUCUAUAUUUUAAAAACACAGUGUGUCGUUGGUAUAAAAAAAAGAAUAAUUGUAAAAACACAUUCCAUAUUUUAAUAAUGCAUUUUUGGGUAAACCUUAACUUUUUUAUGAGAUUUUUGUGCAUUUGUUAGACGCAAAUAAGCCAGAUGGUUGUUAGACUGCCAACUCUCCGGGUUUUCUCCGAAUUAGAAAAAAAAGUGAAAGGCGGAGAAUGUUAAAAAAUUUUUUCUGAAAA